AUGUCGAUCCAAUCAAAUCCAUCAAAAGCCUUGCCUGCAUUGCUGAAGAGGGUCAAAAAGAUCGUCAAUGACAAUGGAAAUGUUUUAUCAGACAAAGAUAUCGCCCUGCAUAUUAUUAAUGGAGACAUCGUCGACCAGUUGAUAUGUCAACACGAGAGGGUCAAGAUAUCGCAAGAGAAGGUGCUCGAGCGUUUCUCAGACUUAGAUCGCCAUCAUCGUAAGAUUCUUGACCUUGGUCAUCAUGGCAAUGUUAAAGCCGAUGAUCUUAAUUCUAUCCAUGUCAAGCUCACUCAGAUAACUGAGUCACUCAACCAGUUAGCUCUCAAGCAGCUGGAGAAUACAAAACAGUCCGAGCCAAACGUAGGCGAGUCAAGAAUAUCGCAGGAUGAGGAGCACUACUCCCUAGAAUUAUCUCCACUGGGAAAGGAGAUUGUGAAAGAUGAUGACAAUCCAAUCAUGAAAAGUCUUCGGGUGAGUUAUGACUUUCUCGGCGAUGAAUUUAACCUAAAAAUUUGCUUAUUGCUUCUUGCAAUUUUCCCUGAAAAUGUUGUCCUCAAGAAAAGGCUUCUCAUUUAUUGGUGGAUCGGAGAAAGGCUAGUUAGAGAUGAGAAAGAAGGCGAAAAGAUAUUUGAUGAGCUUCUGCAACACGAGUUAAUCAUACCCUAUCGUACUGGCAAGUGCCCAAUAGUGAAUAAAUGUCAAGUUCACCCUUGGAUCCGUUACAUGCUGAUCUCAAUAGCCACCAAAAGGGAGGAGAAGAUUUUGCACUUAGAUGAUGGCAAGAGCUAUCUCAAUUGGGAAGACGAUUGGCUUUCUAAGUUGAAGAGUUUGUGGGUUCUGCAACUAGGUCGUUGGCAGGCUUCUCCUAAGCAUCACAUCGAAGUCAAAGGUGAUUCGUUGCUAAAAGGUUUGGGAGUUCAAAGGGAACUCAAGUAUCUCAGCCUUCGUGGGAUCUCAAGAAUCACAGAACUUCCAGCCUCUAUAGCUGAACUGACCAGACUUGAAAUUUUGGACCUCAAAGCCUGUCAUAAUCUGGAAACUCUACCAAAAGAGAUCGCAUCAUUGACAAAGCUCACACACCUGGACGUAUCAGAAUGCUACUUGAUGGAAAGCUUGCCAAAGGAGCUGGCCAAUCUCACUUCUCUCCAAGUGCUCAAGGGAUUUAUAAUAGGUAACUCAGGGAGGACUUUAGAGCAUCUUUGGGAAUUGGACAAACUUGAGAGACUAAGUAUACAUAUAGGGAGUGAAGCUGUUCUUAAGGGAGACGAAUUUGAUGGGUUGAAGGAAUUUAAAAAACUCAGGUGUCUCAAAAUAUCUUGGGGUACAUUGAGAAUGAAUGUUGAAGGAGUCUCUUUUCCGCCAUUACUAGAGAAGUUGGAUCUUGAAGGCUUUCCUGAAAGAAAGAUGCCAGAAUGGUUACAACCUAGCAAAUUGGGGCGAUUGAAAAAGUUCUACAUAAAUGGAGGAAAUCUCUGUGAAAUACCAAACACGUGGUAUAAUGUGGAGAUUUUGAUCAUCAAGCAUACCGAGCUAAAGAUUGACCAAAAACUAGUUCACCAACGUUUUCCUUCACUCCAAUACGUCAAAUUUCAUGGGAAAAAGAAAGAUGGGACACCUAAAGGCGAAGAAUCUCCUGAUUUUGAGUGGUUGCGUGAGUGA